AGAACUGUAAUUAUUUUUGUUCAGAUACUAUAAUUUGCAUUUACAAACUGCCUGAUAUUAGGCAAGAUCUUGCCUCGAUUUUCCUGGGAGGCAGGAGCAAUACAGAAUCUGUAGCAGCAAGACUGGCGUACUAGCAUCACGGGAUUUGGGACAGAGAAAGUUGAGUGUCACCAGGCGGACGAAAUUGCUGAUAAGAACGUAAUUUUUGUCCCCCUUCCUUUUCCUUUCUGGUUCAGUACCUCCCCUCGCCCUUGCCAGCAGAGCGCCUUGGCAUGCGGAGCACUUGGCUGGGUUGAACAAUGCACGGACUGACCUGAAGACUAACAGCUGGGUGAGAGGUGGGGCGAGAGGAAACUGAGGUUCUCCCAGGGAGAAGCUGCCGCCUCCCAGACCCCCUACACCUGCAGUCUUCCCGCUAUUUCCUCCUCCUUUCUCCCCACUCUCAGUUCUUAGAAGAACUGAGAAUCACCACCCCCACCCCCCACUCCCAAGAGAGCUUCAAGAGCAAGGGGAUCCGAGACUCCUCACUCCGCCCUAGUCUUGGGGAAGUCCUGAGUAGGGGAGGAGCAGCAGAGCGGCUCCUGGGAAAGCUGGCCUGGGAGCAGCUGCUGCGCUCUCAGUUGAGCCGGUGCUACUACUGGGGCCCGGCUUGGGCCAAUCCUCUUCCAGUCAGCUCAGGAGUCUGGCUCAGUUUGAGAAGAGUAGUGCGCCUUUGGUCUGCGGAAUACCACUACAAGGGGGUAACCGACCAGCAGGAGCUUCUGAUUGGAAGCUCAGCCACAGAAGCGCUUUUGUCCUGACGGGACCUUUUCUCAAGUGACAGAACUAGUCAGGCCAGCCAAACUCGCAGGCAGUCCCAGCAGGUGUCCCCAGAUCUUCCCCCAAACUCUCUGCCCAGGGACAGGGGGAGGGGGCGAGACUGGCAACGAGCCCCAGUGGGUGGCUGCCGUCUGCAGGGGCUGCUGAGCCUCCUGGGACGGAACAGGACCGAACCGAGGCGGGAUGGAGCCAGACAGCCAACCAGAGGAAAUCUCCCGGCUCCGCUCCCUCUUCUUUGCUUGCGAUGCGAAUCGCUCUGGGCGCAUCGAACGCGAAGAGUUCAGUGCCUUGUGCGCCGAGCUGAAGGUCCGGCCCGAAGAAGCCGAAGCGAUCUUCCAGAGGUUGGACGCUGACUGUGACGGGGCGAUCACCUUCCAGGAGUUCGCCCGGGGCUUCCAAGGGGCCAGCCGGCGGCGGCGGCGGCGGCGGAGCUGGGGCGAGCGUCCGCCGCAGCUGGAGCUGGCGCAGGCUGUAGUUGCGGUGGAGACGGAUAAGGAAGGAGAGGAGGGAGACGCAAUGGCUUUGGCUGCUCAGUGGGGCAUGGAGAGCGUGGGUCAAGGGUGGCAAGACUUCCAAAUCCGGCUCGGGGAGGAAGCCAAGUUCAUCCCUAGAAAAGAACAAGUUAGCAUUCUUUAUCAGAACAUCAACAUUUUGGAGCCAAGAUUAAUUCAACCUUAUGAAUAUGUUAUCAAGAACUUUAUCCAAGAGAUCAGACUUCAAAGCACCGAGAUAGAAAACCUGGCCAUUGCAGUGAAAAGAGCCCAGGACAAAGCAGCCAUGCAGUUGAGUGAGCUGGAAGAGGAGAUGGAUCAGAGGAUCCAAGCCACAGAACAUAAAACAAGGAAAGAUGAGAAAAGAAAAGCUGAAGAAGCGCUAAAUGAUCUCAAACGUCAGUAUGAAGCAGAAGUAGGGGAUCUUCAGGUGACCAUCAAAAAGCUAAAAAAGCUAGAAGAACAGUCAAAGACCUUAAGUCAAAAAGAAGAUGUGGCUGCAUUAAAGAAAAGAAUUUAUGAUUUGUCAACAGAAAAUCAGAAAGUUAAAAAAGAUCUUUUAGAAGCACAGACAAACAUAGCCUUUCUUCAGAGUGAAUUAGAUGCCUUGAAAAGUGACUAUGCUGAUCAAAGUUUGAAUUCAGAAAGGGACCUGGAAAUAAUCAGAGAAUAUACUGAAGACAGAGAUUGCCUUGAGAGGCAAAUUGAAAUGCUUCAAACAGCCAACAGAAAAUUACAUGACAGUAAUGAUGGAUUAAGAAGUGCACUGGAAAACACAUAUAGUAAAUACAACAGAUCCUUGCGUAUAAAUAAUAUAUCGCCAGGGAGCACACUCUCUAGAAGCAGUUCCAAAUUUAAUGGUGGCCAUUCACCUCAGAAUUUGCGGUAUGACAGGUCAUCACGUUCUUCCUACAUGGAUGAGGAUUGUGAUUCAUUAGCCCUUUGUGAUCCGAUGCAAAGGAUAAGCUGUGAGGUCGAUAGCCUGCCUGAGAGCUGCUUUGACAGUGGCCUGUCGACUUUGAGAGAUUCUAAUGAAUAUGAUUUUGAGGUGGAAGACAAGCAUCAAAGGAGUUUUCAAAGGUCACAGUGCACGCAGGAGAGCUUUGGGGGUGAUGCGUCUGAUACAGAUGUUCCAGAGAUACGAGAUGAAGAAGCCUAUGGUUCUGACAGCAUCAGUACAAUAUUAGACUGGAAACCCUCAGAAUCCAUUGCUGAAGGGAACUUGGGUACUUCUGCAAGAAAGCCUAUAUCAGCCCUCUCACCACAGGCAAACUUGACUGAUGACAGCCGUAAAUAUCCUAGCUCAAACAAGACGUAUAAAAUUGUUCUUGCUGGAGAUGCUGCUGUGGGGAAGUCCAGUUUUCUCAUGAGGCUUUGUAAGAAUGAAUUUCGAGGAAACACCGGUGCCACUUUAGGAGUUGAUUUUCAAAUGAAGACUCUUAUUGUGGAUGGAGAACCUACAGUCUUACAGCUCUGGGAUACAGCUGGUCAAGAGAGAUUCCGAAGUAUAGCUAAAUCCUACUUUAGAAAAGCAGAUGGUGUGCUACUGUUAUAUGAUGUGACCUGUGAGAAAAGCUUCCUAAAUGUACGAGAAUGGGUAGAUACGAUUCAGGAUGCAGCGCAUGAAACAAUUCCAAUUAUGAUGGUGGGAAAUAAGGCAGAUCUUUGUGAAGCAGCUUUGGCCCAGGGACAGCAAUGUGUACCAAAACAUUUUGGAGAAAAACUGGCCAUGACCUAUGGUGCCUUAUUCUGUGAAACAAGUGCUAAAGAAGGCUCUAAUGUUGUGGAAGCUGUUCUUCAUCUGGCUCGGGAAGUGAGAAAAAGAGCUGAUGAUGACGACAGUAAAUCAAUUACCAACUUGACUGGGACAGGCGCAAAAAAGUCAGCACAGAUGAACUGCUGUAAUGGAUAAAUCAGAACCUUUUGGACCUAAGAAAUCUUAUUUUUCAACAUCGUUAUUAUCAUGAGUAAUGGCAUGGCAUAUACCAGUGACUGCUAGAAUGUGGAUAGUUAUAUAGCAUGGGUCGUCUAUACCACGGUUUAUUUCAUCUCAUUGUGGAGCCUCUAUUCAAUCUCCCCUUCUUUUCCAUGUGAUUAUGGGAGUUCAUAAAUAGGGGUUUUUUAUUUGGUUUUUUGUUUUGUUUUUUGGCCAUCGGAGACAUUUUGUUCAAGUUCCAAUAAAAUUUUACUGAUAAACUGAUUUUCAGAAACUCUAAGUAACCUUCCUCUCAUAUCAGAACUAGCAAAGAAGCUCUUAUUUAAAGAUUUAUGUGAUAAGUUACUUUUCCAUUACCUCCAAAAAUAUUUAUUUGACACAUGUAAAUAGUUGGUGUAGUGGAAAUAACCCUGGUCUGGGAUCAGAGUUAUAAUCCUGCCAAUACCCUUAAGCCACCUAGCUGUUACUUAAUGUGUUGGUGCCUCAGUUUCCUCAUGUAUUUUAAAAAAUGAGAGUGUUGGCCUAAAUAAUCUUUGAAGUCCCAGCCAGCUCUAUGUGCCUGUGACUUCAUGGUUUGAAGUUCAGAAUGAUUUAUCAUGCCUAUAUCCUUUAGGAAGAAUAUAGCUUCUAGCCAUGAACUCAUUAUUUUGAUACAGCAAGAGUAUUAUUUCUCUCACUGUUAAAAAUAAAGAGAAGUAUUUAUUAAAAGUUAAAAGUGAUUGAUAUAUUAUGUCUCAGGCCAUGCUAUUAAUUGAAAAAUCAAUCUUUUUUAAAAAAAAGUAAUGGAUUUUUUUUAAAAGAGAAAACAUUUUGAUUCAUGGGAACUAUUUCUGUAGAGGAAGAAAAAAUUAUCUUGCUAUACUAGAAUAUACUAUGUGUAGUAAGUUAAAACCUUAGAUUUUAAUAGAAAAUAUUCCAAAUUACAAACAAACAAAAAAAAAGGUAUGAUUUGCUAGACAUAUCACUCUGUACUUUUUUUUUAAUUGAAAUAAGAGUUUUUUAGAAAAAAAAUUUUGUAUUGGUAGAGAAUAUACUAUGUGUAGUAAGUUAAAACCUUAGAUUUUAAUAGAAAAUAUUCCAAAUUACAAACAAACAAAAAAAAAGGUAUGAUUUGCUAGACAUAUCACUCUGUACUUUUUUUUUAAUUGAAAUAAGAGUUUUUUAGAAAAAAAUUUUGUAUUGGUAGAUUGAACUUGUACUAUGUUUAUUAAAAACUUUCAAUAGUUUCAUAAGAAUCUUUCAUAAAAACUUAAGUAUUUUAAUUUAUUAUUAUUUGCAUUAACCAUAUUAAAUACAACAGAUAUUUAAAGAUACUAUCUAUAUUUUUUCAGGUUUUUAAAAUUGGUUCGUAACGGCACAUCUUAGUUUAAAAUAUAGAGAGGAGGUUAUAAAAAAUCUUUCUGGCAUUAUAAAUAUAUAUAUAAAUUAUAAAUAGUCAUUCUCAUUCCCACUCCAGACAACCAUUAAGAGCACCUGUCCUCUCUUUAGAAAUGAAUAUGGCCUUCUGGUUUCUUUGGUGUCUGUGAGAUAAAAUAGGACAACUCUCAAUAUGGUAGCCAAGGUGUUUGUGUGGUAGACAAAAUGCAUCCCAUCUUAUGGUAAAUGAGGUUGAGUGAGAUAAUUUCAGGAUUUUUUAAAUAAUUUAUUUGAAAAAUCCUCACAUAUAUGAGACAUGGCUAUCUAUAGGUUUAACUAGGAAAAAA